AUGUCCAAAUCCGUUUGCAUCGUCGGCGCUGGACCUUCUGGUCUCGUUGCGGCCAAGACGCUCCUCCACAACGCACCAAAGGGGCGCUUCAAAGUCAGCAUCUUCGACAGCCAGGCCGCCAUCGGAGGGCUCUGGCCGACCUCAAAAGCCGACUCGGGGCGUCUCGUGCAUCCGUUGAUGAUUGCGAACCAGAGCAGGCACACGGUGCAGUUUAGCGACUUGGCCUGGGAGGACGAUGCGCCGCAGUUUCCGCGUGCGUGGCAGGUUGGCCAGUAUCUGGAGCAGUAUCGCAGCCGAUAUCUCACUGGCCACCCGGAUUUUGAGCUUCAGCUGAAGAGUCGCGUGGCUAAAGCUGAGAAGAAAAAGGAUGGCACCGAAGGCUGGAAGGUCCAGAUCCAGAAUGAGCACGGCGAAGAGGCGCGGGAUUUUGAUUACUUGAUCAUCGCCUCUGGGUACUUUGGCAAGCCCAUCAUUCCCGAAUGCUUCAAAAAUGCAAAGACUUCGGUUCCCAUCAUUCACAGCAGCCAAUACCGCGACUUGAAGGGACUCUUGGGGGAGGGCAGGUCAAAGGGAGGCAAGAUUCUCAUCGUGGGAGGCCAAAUGUCGGGCGUGGAGAUUGCCGGCACAAUCGCAAGCCAUCUGUCGUCUGCCAUAAACUCUCCGGAAGAGUCAGAGAUUGCUGGAAUCGACAAGUACUCUAUCUACAAUGUGAUACAGCGGCCUAUAUGGGUGUUUCCCCUCUUUACAAACCCAGAGGCCACGUUUGCAGCAGCUCCAUUUGCCCCCUUGGACUUGGGCUCUUAUAACAUCAACAAUCGACCCAGGCCACUGGAGAACACGCAGGGCCAUAUCAGCGAAGAGCACGCCAACAUGGUGCACACCAUCUUCGAAUCAUCACUCGGUGACCAGGAGCAGUUCUCUCCACUACUAAUGCCGAACGAACAGGAGAGAAACCAGCCAGCAUAUCUAGCUGUUAGCGAUUUCUACAUGGACUUUGUGAGAUCGGGCAUGAUUACUUUGUCCUCGGGCAAAGUCGUCUCUCUGGUGGAUGACCUCGUAACUCUGGAUGACCAUGGCGCUCAGAUUGACGACAUUGCCGCCGUGGUGCUUGCUACUGGCUACGAUCCCUCGCCCUGCGUCGAUUGCCUGCCGAAGGAGGUUCUCGCUACGCUCCAACACUCUCCCCAGCAUUACAACCAAGCGCUCGCGUUGGCCUUUCACGGCACCCAUCAUCCCGAGGUCCCCAAUCUCGGUUUCGUAGGCUUCUACCGAUCACCGUACUGGGGAGUCAUGCAGAUGCACGCUCGAUUCCUUACUGAUCUGUGGAGUGGUCAAACCGGCGAGAAACUGGAGGCCCUGCAGCGGAAGCUUCAAGCUGAUGACUCCAUCCAACGAACACUCAAGUUGCGAGACGAUCCAAGGCUUUCUCAGUUCCCCAUGGGAGACUACAUGUACCUGAUGCAGGAAUUCUCCGAAGCACUCUCCAUACCGAUGCACGAGUCCAUCAUGCCAAAGACGCCGACAACCUCUCGAAAUAACCUCCCUCUCGAUCCGCUUACGCCUUCUCGGUACCCCUCUCCGAGCGAUAGCCCCGAAGCAAAAGAGGAAGCCGAAAAAUCUUUGAAGCAGGUCCGCGAUAUUACCGUCGAAUGCCUCACGACGCCCCGAUUUGUUGCACGAGGUGUUUUCAGAAGCCUUCUCGGAACAUGGCGCCUCGAACGAGACCUCACCAGUCGUCUUCCCUCUCAUCCCAGCGGAAAGUUUGUCGGUACUGCUCAGUUUCUGCUCCGCAAUCGAACCUCGGAAGGCCUGCAGUGCGCCUCCGAUCCCAACAGCGUCGAUACUGGUAAUGACAAUGGCGGCGGAGAGGAUCUGGAAUAUCUGUACAUUGAAGACGGCGAGUUCCAGACGACUUCUGGCUUUGGCUUCAAGGCAACUCGACGGUACAUUUGGCGCUACGAUUCCACGAAGGAUGUUAUAAGCGUAUGGUUCGCCAAGCCGGACGAUCAAAAACGCGCAGAUUACCUCUUUCACGAAAUCGAAUUCGAGGCGCCACCAUCAGAUCACAAGCAACGUGAAAAGGAAGGCUGGAAGGCCAAGGCUGGACAUCUUUGCAUCGACGACUACUACAACGUCAAGUACAACUUCUCUUUCAAGGCUGUGAAUCUGGCGACUUGGAGUAUAGAAUACACUGUCAAUGGACCGAAGAAGGAUUAUACCAUCCAUGGCACCUAUGAGCGGAUAUGA